CAAACGGGUAAAGGCUGUGCUCCAUUUUGCAUAACACAUUUUCAUCGGCGAAAAUAAUUUGAAAAUCGAUCAGAAAUGAGGUUUUCAUUGAUAUUCGCAAUAAGUGUUCUGCACAUUUUUGAGAUUGCAUCAACGCAACAAUAUAAAUACAUUAAUAUAGGCGGCAUUUUCCCGAAAAACAACAAUGAAUUGGUGGAAUCCUUCGAAAAUAUAGCUAAAACGAAAAAUACAUUUAGUGAGACGGUCAAAUUGGAAACAAUUAUUAGCACUGUCGAUAUAAACGAUAGUAUUCAAGUGCAAAAGGCUGUUUGUGACAUGGCUGACCAAAAUGUUGCAGCAAUUUUUGGUCCAAAUUCUCUGAAGACUUCAGGUCUUGUGGCAUCGAUUUGUAAGAAACUUCGGAUUCCACAUUUCACAGCCUUUUUUCAGCCAAUUGAGAUCGACAAUUUUAACAGAACCAAUUCCUAUACUCGAAACUUAUUUCCACAUGCGAAGAAGUUUUCCGAAGCCAUGAUGGAAAUUGUGAAAAGCUUGCGAUGGACGAAAUUUGCGAUCAUUUACGAUUCGGAAGGAAGUUUGGAAAAAUUUCAAGAUACAUUCAAUGACAUUGCAAGAUUGGAUACUACUGGUGAUCCAUCCAUAGCCGUUUAUAAAUUGCCCACCGAUUCGGACAACUAUGAGCCUUUGCUCAAAUCCAUAUCAAAAUCAGGCCACAAUCGAAUUAUAAUCGAAUGCACAAUGGAACACACUUAUUCCAUUCUAAAACAAAGUUCCAAAGUUGGAAUGAUGAGUGAAUAUGUGAGUUAUUUUAUUACGGGUAUUGAUGGAUAUUUGCUUGAUUUGAUGCCAUUGCCCGAUGUGAGCGCAAACAUCACAACAAUUCGUUUCAUAAAUCCAACGAAUGCUGACAUUUACGAAUAUGAAAUCAAACCAUAUUUCGUGCGAAAUCGCAAUUACAAACCAAUGUUCAAUCCGUAUUCAAUGACAACAGAAACUGCUUUGAUGCAAGACGCUGUGACGGUGUUCUCGGAGGCUUUUGGCGACAAUAGAACAUUUAUCGAACAAUUUAAUAUGAGUCCAACUUCUUGUUACGCCACUUACGAUGAAAAUCAAUCCGACAAUGACAGCGGCAGAGAUAUUCUCAACAAAGUCGAUGAAAAUACCGUUCGAGGAUUAACCGAGGAAAUUCAUUUCAAUGAAGACGGACAACGAGAUUUGUUUUAUAUUGAGGUGCUUCAACUAUCUCGCAAUGAGUCCAGUGAUAAUUAUAACAACUACAAAAAUAUUGCUGUUUACGACUCAAGAAAUUAUAAUGUAACAUUGUUGCGUAAUUCUACAACUGUUGCUGAAGAAACAACGUUAUCGAUGGUAGGCAGAGAAUUGAAAGUAAUUAUUCGCAAUGAAGAGCCAUUUGCUAGGAAAAGACAAGGUUUGAUUCAGGCUGCAAAUGCAAGUGACAUCGAUUUGUACGAAGGUUUUGCAUUGGAGCUAAUUAAAAACAUUUCGGAGAAGUGUGGCUUUCGAUACACAGUUUCGGUUGUGAACAUGCCAAGUGGUAAAAUCGAAAAUAAUGAAUGGAAUGGAAUCGUUAGGGAAAUUAUUGAGAAGAGAGCUGACUUCGCAAUUGGUGAUAUAACCGUUACUUCUGACCGCAAACACGUAAUGGAUUUUAGCCAGCCUUUCAUGACGCUAGGUAUCAGCAUUUUGUACGCCAAUCCAAAUAAACAAGAACCUGGACCGUUUUCAUUUAUGGAACCAUUAUCAACAAACGUUUGGUUUACUGUGGCCACAGCUUUUCUGUGUAUUUCGAUUAUAGAAUAUCUACUGGCAAAGAUGGCCGCAAAUGAUUGGGAAAAUCCACAUCCAUGUGAUGAAAACCCCGAAGAAUUGGAAAAUAUUUGGAACAUGCAUAAUUGCAUAUGGCUGACUGUCGGUUCUAUUAUGCAACAAGGAUGUGAUAUUCUUCCCAAAGGUGUGCCCACUCGCUUGGCUGUUGCCGUUUGGUGGUUCUUUGCUCUCAUCGUCAGUUCUUCAUAUACGGCAAAUCUAGCGGCUUUCUUGACCAAGGUACAAAUGGAAGAGAGUAUCAGUGGCGUUGAAGAUCUUGCAAAACAAAGUAAGAUCCAAUAUGGAUUGGUAAGAGAUGGAACCACAGAAGCAUUUUUCAAGUACUCAGAAUAUCCCACCUAUCAAAAAAUGUGGUCGGUUAUGGAAAAAGAUCCAAGCGUGUUUGUAAAAAGCAAUAAAGAAGGUGUUCAACGAGUUAAAAACGGUAAUAAGAAUUAUGCAUUCUUUAUGGAAUCAGCGCCAAUCAAGUAUGAAGUUCAACGAGAUAAGGAACGUUUAGUGCAAAUCGGAGAUUUAUUAGAUUCCAAGGAAUAUAGUAUUGGUAUGCCGUUAAAUUCGCCAUAUAGAGAUCCAAUUAGUAGGGAAAUUUUGCUCUUGAAAGAGUCGGGAAAUAUUGAUGCAUUAAUCGAAAAAUGGUGGGAGAAUAAAAAAGAUGAAACGAACAAAGACAACAAAGAACCAAGCGACACUCCUGAAUUGGACGUCAAGGAAUUACGUGGCAUAUUUAUGGUUUUGGGCGUUGGUUUACUGUUGUCAAUUUUCGUUGGAAUUCUCGAGUUCAUUUGGUCCGUUCGGCGAACAGCAAUCGAUGAAAGGAUAACACCAUAUGAAGCCUUCAAAAAGGAGUUAAAGUUUGCAGUGUCUGUGUGGAAAGUUCGUAAACCAGUUGCACGUAUGUCAAGUAGGUCAAGUACUGAAACUUUGACGCGUUCAUAUAAAUCAAACGACGAGAAUGACGAAGAUGUCCCACUGAGUUCACUCAAAAGUGUCAAACAAAAUGGGUUUAAUUAAACUAAAAUAUUUGUUUUGUUUUCAUUUUACUGCUGUAAAAUCUGUAUAUUUUCUGUUUUUAUAGACUAAUAAAAUUACGGUGACAGAUUA